GAUGUUACCAGUCUGGAAAUGUUAUUGUAGCCAAUCGUGCUGUGGAAAGCAGCUCACCGCAGAAAAGAAGGGAAGUCGUGCACCAAGGAGAGGGCAGGUACUUUUGAAUAAGUUUUUUGUUCAAUUUUUGUCAGCGCAUUCGAGGGAAAUGAGGGACCCCGGAGUUCAGCCUUUUAUGUGACAUUGCUGAAAAGCUUUACGCAGUUAUAAAGAUGGGUGACGAAGAUGAGGCAGCUCUCCAGAACGUCCAGAACAAACUCUCGAAUGUACUUCGAUUUUCCAAGAGAAAAGGGGGUGAUCAGCUCUGCAGGGACGAUUUUGAUGCUGGUCCAGCAAGUUUUGAUGUUAUUGAACCAGGACUACUACUGGGUAAUCUAACAACAGCUCUGGACCUAGAAACCCUCGAUUUGCAUGGGGUUAAUAACAUUCUUACUGUCGAUUCGGUGCCGUUGCCCCGUUCAAUCACUGAUAUUCAACACAUAAAGACUAAAUUUAUACAAGUGACAGACAAUGAAAAGGAAGCACUUAUUCUACACUUUGAUGAUGGGGUUAACUUCAUUAGCCAGGCGAUGGAGUCGGGAGUCGUCCUUGUGCACUGCUACUACGGUGUUUCAAGGAGUGCAACUCUUGUGUUGGCCUACAUAAUGAAAAAAUAUGGUAUUGACUUUGAUGAAGCGAUGGAAAGGAUUUUGGAAAAAAGAAGAUUUGUUAGACCAAAUCCAGGAUUUGAAGCUCAACUUCGACUCUACGCUGAAAUGGGCUGGCAAAUCGACCCUAAACACACAAAAUACAAGUACUUCAGACUCUCUAUAGCUUCUGACAAAGUGCGGAAAGCUAAAAUUUUACCACAAGACUGUCUUGAUGUAGUGAAGCCCGACCCAUUCUUAACCACACUGCAUCCUGAACCCUUGGUGUACCGUUGUCGGCACUGCAGGAGGACCAUAGCGUCUGCCUCUAAUGUUUUCCCGCACCAAAUAGCGACAGAUAGCAUCACGUGGCAAGCAAAACGGGUUAAUAGUGUCAAACGGAAAGCGAGCAGUGAUCCUCUGGUUCUGCAGUCGGCUGCGGACUCUGAGAUUGGCGGGAAAACGUGUUCUGCUACGCUGUUUGUCGAGCCACUGGCCUGGAUGCUUCCCACGAUUAGCCACCAGCCGCAGGGAAAGCUGCUCUGUCCCAAAUGCAAAGUCAAACUCGGGGCUUACUCCUGGCUUUCAGGUUGCCAGUGUCCUUGCGGGGUAAAGCAGGCGCCAGCGUUUUAUCUUGUUCCUUCAAAGCUGGAUUGGUGUACAAUGGUGCAGAACCUCCAAAUGACUGUCUAGUCUCGCAAUUUAAAGAAUCGUGUUCCUCAACUUCCCGGUAUUAUUGCAUUUUAAGAUUAUUAAUAUAUCUUGUGAUAGUGUUAUUUUUAAAAUUAAUUUUAAAUUAGGGUGAUGACCAAGAUAAAAUUUGCUUUCACGAUGUUUUUAUUGACUCUGAAAGUCUGAGAUCACAAAAGUACUGUCCUGUCCAGUCCACUCCAUAAGUAAGGCAGCAUUUUGAAGAGAUUUUAGGGUUAAGUUAACAUUCUGGACCAGUUCUUUCUAAGGCCUAGUUUCUAAUGUGGACUCAUUCCACGUCAUUUAUAAUAAUAAGCUGCGCUCUAAUGAAUAAUGUAAUAAUUAUUCUUAUUUUUUAUUGUUAGUUGACGGACCCGAUUUGCCUAAAAUGCCAAAAUUCGAUCAGAAUAUAAAAUAAUAAGCUCAGAUUUUUAAUAUGCCUUGCAAUCCAUUGUGGCAGCUGUUUAACGUGUUUGUCAAAAAUACUCAAAUUGGUUUGUUAAAUACGCGCGACUUGCAUCAGUAUAAAUAUGAAAAUAUCAGGGCUUGUAAUUUUUCUUUUGCAUUUUUUGCGCUUUAGAGCUUUAAUAAGAUGAGGCCAACGACAAACUAUUCCUUUAUAAGCAAAUUUGCAAUCUUCUUCCUGAUGUGCAUAAAUGCUUUGUACGCUUUUUGCGCCAGCAAUUGUUAUCAGUAGCUGCUCCAAAUUAAUAGGUGAGUUUCUGUUGGAAAUAUGAUAAAAUCACUCCUAAAAUAAAUCGUGUAGAAAAAUAAAGUACAUAGUGCAAACUGUUCAA